AUGUCGGCAAAGGGUGAUUUGGGUCAGUUCGAGGACCCAGCAGUCCUUUCUCGCGUCAUCGCAAUGCGAGAGGUUGCUACAUCUCAAUUCCCUACAGUGGCUGCAGAAAGACUCGCGUGGGCUAUGGCUUGGACGCAUCUAGUAAUAUGGAACUCCUGGAAGGCGACGUACUUCUUCGCCGACAAGUAUCCUAAAGACGAUUUCCCCAGUUAUCGGGACUUUGCGGCCCUGUCCGUUGAUUUCCUCAUUGCGCACCAUGAUGCCGAGGAAGAGACUCUUUUCCCGGAGCUUGAGAAGAAGAUCCCGGGGUCAAUGGAAGAGAAUGAAGCGCAGCACAAGGCAUUCUUGGAUGGCCUCGUGGAUCUGCACGGAUACAUCACUUCCACAAACGAGUCUGACUUCAAGCCUGCUACUCUUCGUGCGAAGUUUGACAACAUCCUACUGCCUGUCAUGACUCAUCUCGCGGAGGAGCUACCUACCAUUGAGGGAUCGAAGAUCAAGCAGCAUUAUGAUGAAGCUGGAGCUGCUCAACUGGCUAAGCAGCUUCACAAAGCUACCCGAGGCGAGUCCACGAAGACGCUGCCGUUCGUCCUCCAGAAUCUCCCGCCGGGUAGUCCGUUCCCUCCCGCUCCGAAGUUCGUGACGGGCAUACUCGGUCCCUGGGCGUUCUGGUGGAAACACAAGAAUCUGUGGAAGUACACUGCAUAUCCGUUUAAGCAAGAACUGCCGGACACCGUGCCCAUCUGA